UCACUCGACGGCUCUUCCACCCCAUCCACGCCGGCUACCCUUCUAACCGUCGAUAAUCGUUUCCGGAACCGAAAUCGUUCGAACCCGGGACUACCAUAUCAUUAUCAUCUCAGAACAACCAGCCGACCACCUUUCCGAUCCCAAACCCCCAAUAUGAGGUCCUAUUCGAUUGCCAUUGCGGCUUUGCUUGCCGCAACGUCGGCCAUGGCGGCGACUCCGACAAAGGGUGUCGAGGAGCCCUCGUCGCCGGCCAUGCUGAAUGUUCCUGUCGUCCAGGGCUGCUAUUCAUCUGCCGGCGAACUGAAGUACCAAUCAACCGAAUUGUACAACUCAAAGAGCAAAUGCGCAUCCGAUAUCUGCUUUAAGAAAGGGAAGGCUGUCGCUGGCACAAUGGGUGGAAAUCAGUGCUUCUGUGGAGACAAGUAUCCUCCGAAGCUGGCUCUUGCCAACGACACCGAUUGUAAUCUCGGAUGCAGUGGCUUCGACCAGCAAGCUUGUGGUGGUUCUUUCUUUUGGACAAUUUACAAUACCGGCCUGACGCUGGCUGUAAAGGUCUCUAGCGACGAUGUUUUGGAGUCUGCCAGCCCGAGCUCAAACCCAUCCAAGACGGGUUCUGUCGUUACCAAGCCAGGGGGAAUCGUCACCGUCACUGGAAUUGAGACGGAUAAACCGUCUGGGGGUCCGAAUACGGCGGGUAUUGCUGCUGGUGUUGUAGUCUCCGUCGUCGUCGUUGCGGCUAUCAUUGGUGGAGUCUUCUUUAUGUUCCGCCGCCGACGGAACCGGGAGAUCGAGGAGGAACACCGUCGCAACGCCGCUGUCAACGCCUUUAUUCACGGCUCAAAGCCACCCACUAGCAGUGGCGGAUAUUCUGUCACAGAUGCUCGCCUUGACCCCGUCAUGGCCCAGAGGCGAGUCAGCAACGGGAGCAUCGCAGACAAUGAGGAUUACUCGAGGAGGAUUCUUCGGGUCACCAAUGCCUGAGCAGAUCCCUUGACGACGAACGACUCUCGCCUGUACUUUACUUUCGAUCGGCAUACUCGGCGUUGGGGUGAACAUGUUAUAUUCUCGACAUUGACGGAUCAAUCCGUGCAAUAAAUCUAACCGGCGUUCAUACCAUGCGGCUGGGGAAAGCGGCAUAUGUUUGGUCAUACACUGGAAGUGGCCAUGUGGAAUCUGCUUCCCCCUUCGCUGUCCUCUCCUUU